GCGACGAACCCAACCCUUCGCGGCUUCCGCCGGUCCAACACACUGACAAUCAUGCCGUGUACGUGUCUGUGACGUUGUUGAACGCGGCCGGACGUUGCGACGCUGAUUGUGAGCUUGUCUCGAGCACGAUUUUUCUCAACUCCUUUUGGACCGCCUAGUAAGGCAGAGGCCUUCCGCACGAACAUGGCAGAGAAAGAGAAGGAUAAAGAGAAAACGGCACUCGUGCUGCUCGUCGAUGGAUCGGAAGAAAUGGAGGCCGUGAUUACUGUCGACGUCUUACGGCGCGCCGGGAUUGCAGUCACAGUAGCUGGCGUAUGGGAUGUCAGUUGUGUGAAAUGCAGCCGUAAUGUUAAAAUUUGCACAGAUGCCAUGUUCACUGAUGCUACUCAGGACAAGAGUUAUGAUAUUGUUAUAUUACCUGGUGGUCUUAACGGAUCUAAAGCUUUUACAUCUUCAGCAGAGGUUGGAAGAUUAUUACAAAAGCAGGAUAAAGAGAACAAAUUAAUAGCAGCCAUCUGUGCAGCCCCUACAGCUUUGAAAACUCAUAAUAUUGGCAAAGGAAAACGGAUCACCUCCUAUCCAUCUAUGAAAAAUGAACUGAGCGACGACUAUGAAUAUAUAGAUGACAAACCGGUGGUGAUUGAUGGCAACCUCAUUACGAGUCGAGGACCAGCGACAGCAUUUGAUUUUAGUCUAGCUAUCGUUGAAAUAUUAACGAACUCGAAAACAGCCGAGCAUGUCGCAAACGGAUUGCUAUAUGAAAACUACAAAAGCUGCAAAUAAAAUUUUCCAAAAUCUCACUUUAUAGUCGUGACUAUAAAGUUCCCGGUGCAUAAGUUUGAUGUAUUCGGUGUGUUUGAUUUUAGGAAGAUUAUUCAUAUACUGUAAACGCACACAUACAAGAAUGUAGUUAUUAUAAACAAGAAAUUAUAAUAAUAUAUAUGUACUGAAACAUGGAAUUGAAGUCGUACAUGUACCAAAACAUGAAAAAUGAUAUAUAUAUGGGAAAAAAUGAUAUAUAUACGAAAAAUGAUAUAUAUAUAAGUUUGAAAAAUAUUAAGCCUCAACAUGGCAUUAUUUGUCAAAACCAUUCUGGUACUACAAUCGUAUAUGUUUUGAAAGAUAUCUGAGAAAAGUGUAGCCAUUUUGGACGCUCGGUUUGAGUCAUUUGUGCCCCAGUCAAUGUCAAUGUUUUUAUAAAAAUGAAAAAUCGAAUAUCGUGCUGUAAUUAAAUUCUUGUAUUUGAAAGGCAAUACGCCUGCACAAAUUAAAGCCGAGUUGGACACUAUUUAUAUGGACCUUAGCCCAUCAUUUGCUACCACGGAAAGAUGGGCAGUUGAAUUUAAACGUGGUUGUACCAGCUUGGCUAAUAAUGUAUAUGUAUUUUGAGAAAUGAAAAAUAAAUUAUAUAAACAAUAUUUGUAUCUAGACAUGGAAAUUACAGUAGCAUUGAAAGACAAAAAAUAAGUUACAAUGUUACAUUGUAUGUACUGAGGCAAAGCCAGUAAAGCCUAUUUCUACCAAUGCA